AUGCCAGCCAUUCUCCUGACCUUGACUGCACUUCUGGUGGUCGUCCUCAUCGUCAUCAUCCUGUUUUUAAUGAGGCGCCGGAACACCAAGCACGAGACGCCGGUAACGGCCUUCACCGGGAAUGAGCAGAUUGUGAUUGGCAGUCCAGUGCCAGCGAACCAGAACGCGGGCAAAGAGCAGGAACAUGGGCUCGAUUUCUACCAGGUGCUUACAAGCAGACACCUCGGCGAGCCACCACCGCCAAGCGGUGGCAUUCUUAUCGAUGUGGGCAACCGCUCCUCCGCUCCCGGAAUAGGCUAUGGGAAGUGUGCAGCCGGCACUCGCGAAGCACCUCGAGUGAACCCGGGCACCCCUGUGCAUGUCAGCCCUCGGAUCAUGAUCUCCUGGUCAGGAAAUGCGACUGAAUGUCAGUGCAUGCGCAUUCAGGAGCUGCUUCAUGCCAAUGUGGUGCUGGCCUCGAUGGGCACGACCUCUCUUGCCUCAUGUGGUCCUCGUACUGCAAAAAUCGCAAUGACAUGGGGCAUCGUGGAGGCUGCUGUUGCCCCACAGAAGGCUGCCUCUGCAGUCGCGAAGCUCAAGGCCGGUCCGUCAACGGCAGCCCGCGCCAAGGUCCAGCCGAAGGCCAAAGCAGCAGAGGCUGUCAAGGAGUCUCCACGGAGCGUCGCUCACCGGCGACUCCUUGCAGCUCUCAUGGACCUGGAUGCGGACGCCCUCCGCAAGGCAGUCCAGGAAGCUUCCGUUGCCGGCGUGGAUGCAGAGGGAUUGGCGGCAGUUCAAGUAGCGCUGCAAGAGCUUCAAGCGCCAGGGUCCAUCGGCACGCUGCAGGAGCGGCAGAAGGCUGCCGCGAAGAUGGAGGUUGUUGCCAGGGACGGCACCGAGGCAGAGAUCCAGGAAGCGAUCCUGGAAGCUAUUGACGUCGGCCUCGAAGACGGCUUUGUCGUGGCGGAGACGGCGCUCGCCAAACGGCGCGCUGAGCGGCAUGCCGUCAUGGAUGCUCUGGUGGCCGCGAUGGAGGUGGUGGUCGUGAGUGCCGAGCAGGACGGUUUAAACGGGCCGGGUUGCUGUGCGCCGGAGCAGCUCGAGGCGCUGGCGGAUGCGCUCGUGGAAGCACGAAGCGUCGCCGUGCCCGGUGAGGAGGAGCUCCUCAAUUGUGCCAGCCGCCUUUUAGAGUUCGAGCUGAAACGUUCGGAGGCGGUUCGAUCUCUCAACGUGCGGCUUCGGCAGCAUGCACAGCAGAUGGAAAAGAUUGUGGACGACUUCCACAGGUUCAUGUAUCACCAGAUGCUUGAGGACCAGAUCCUUAGAGAGGCGCCCAAAGAGGAUCCUUCUCAGGCUGCUGCGGCGCCGUGUACGCCGCCAAGUGCUCCUGCGCCGAGGUCCAGGUCGCGGUCUCCGCUGCCUGCAAGGCAACUGCGCCGAAGCUCCCAGUCGGGCCAGGCACCGCCGCAGCUUCGACGUGCCAGUGGCCUCAGCCUGGCAGGCUGCCCCUCGGGCAUUCGCCGCUCCCUGGCACACAGGUUGGACAACGCAGCCGCGCAUGAAAUUCGCAAGUUUUACUAUACAGAUAUCAUUGCAAUACGAGUAUGGCGGAAUGAGAUUCGUUUCCUGCUUAUCGCAGACUCGGAGGAGUUGCUUACCAGCCGCGGGUGGCCAAAGCAAGUUUGCCCCGGCACGAUAGAAUGGUAUGAGGUUCCCGACUACCGGCCCUGUCGCGCGGGCCGCUGCGCCUCCCUGGACCCUUCGCUGCGCAGCGCGGUCGGCCGCUGUGUCGUGCGACGCCGGGGCCGGCGUCUGCGACCACGGCCUUUGUUUCUGCGAAGAGUGGCAGACCCCCGAGACUGCUACAGCCGCUGCGAGCGCGCAAACUGCACGGCCCUGCAGCUGCAGAAGCUGCGGCCAAGGGGAUGGCGUUGCACACUGCUGGCCACACCGGGCUCUGGGUCUGUCAGGUGGUCAGCGGAUGGAUAUCGAUCUGCUGGGCGCUGCCACUACCGCACCCUGCCCGGCGAGGGCUGUUUCUUCCACACAGCGUGUCAGGAGAUGGAUGGACUCUGCUGCCCCGACGAGUUCGGCAUCCACCCCGAGUGCUGCUCCGAGCAGGCUGCUCCACUGCUGGUUGCCCUGCUUGCAGACAACGAGUCGCAGUCAGGACGCGAGCACGAGGAGGAGGUGGAGGAGGAGAACAAAUCUUUGCUAGUCCGUCUGCACGAAGACGAGCGCACGAUCUGGCUCCUGCUAGGGAUCCUCGUGCUCCUGCUGCUGAGAAUGGUGUUCACUUGCUCUCAGCCGCAAGAUCUGAUGGUCACUGAGCACCCCGGCGAAAACGACUAUGCUGGCCUCGCCACUACCACGCGCUGCGGGCAGCCCGAAAGGGACAGCACCACCAGAGCGCUGAGGCAUUCAGGCAAGUACAUCAUCGCCUUUGUGAACAAGGGCUCGGGGGAUCAGAAGAGUGCUCUGCUCCAUGAUGCCUUUGCAAGCCUCCUCGAUGAGUAUGGUUGCGUCUGCGUCCUGCCAAACGACCUGGAUCGGGGCAUGCAACUGGCUGCUUCGAAGCAGAAGUCCGAUCAGAAUGUCUAUGUCCUGGCAUGCGGCGGGGAUGGAACAGUCACCUGGGUUCUGUCAGAGCUGCAAGCGCGCCGAAGGAUGUUCGAAGACGGGACGCCUCCGGUCGGCAUCAUUCCGAUGGGCACGGGCAAUGACCUGGCAAGGUCUCUGGGCUGGGGCCCGGCGCUGGCAGAACUUAGCCAACUGGAGAGUUAUGUGAUGAGAACUAUCCACGCGGAGGUUGUGCUUCUCGACCAGUGGAAGCUCACUCUUCGACCUCACAGCAUGCUGCCGCCUUCACUGCGGCCAAAGGAAGAGCACAGGGCUGAGUAUGUUGGGUACUUCACCAAUUACUUUUCAGUCGGCAUGGAUGCCAGAACGACGUACGAGGUGGGCAAGGCACGCCAAGGGCGACUAGGCCGUUGCUGUUUCCAGCUUCGCUGCCUCUGGCCAUUCAGCUUCAUCCAUGGCGGUUUUCUGUGUUACGCCUGCAAGGCGCCCAACAUGCUGCGAAUCUGCUGCUGUCGCAAGAAGGCCUUGAACAAGGAUCUUUCGCUGUGGUUUGACGGAUCUGAGCAGGCGCAUUCUUUCCGCCAGGACGAGUUUCGACAGUUUACGCUCACGAACAUCAACUCCUACGGAGCAGGAAUGGCGCUCUAUGGGAAGCAGCAUUUCCGCCACACCGUCAGCCCAACAGACUGGCGAUUGGAGGCGUUUACGCUCCAUGGUCCAGUGUCUGUGGCCGGAAUGACCACGGCAAAGAAGUUUCUGGGUCUGCCGUGCCAAAGCUGCAGUAUUCGCAUCGACCACCAGCCCGCGCGCGUGGAUCUGGAGCUCAAGCGGGGCCAGUACUUCCAAAUGGACGGCGAGCCCUGGUACCUUUCGGCAGCCUGUACAGCAACCAUCGAGCCCAACACGCAGGUCAAGAUGCUUUGCCCACCCUUGAAUGGUGUGGGUGCUGGGGUUUGGGGCAGCCGCCAAGAGAGGACGUUCUGGACACCCAUUCAGCCAGCAUCCAGUUGA